GAUCAAAUUCUUGGCUAGUGCCAGAAACAAAAGGAGCAAUAGUACAAGGUGGAUAUGGCCAUACCAGUGUCUAUGAUGAUACAACAAAGUCUGUUUAUGUUCAUGGAGGCUACAAAGCAUUGCCGAGUAAUAAAUAUGGGUUGGUUGAUGAUCUUUACAAAUAUGAAGUUAAUACUAGAAUAUGGACAAUUUUAAAAGAGAGUGGUUUUGCAAGAUAUCUCCACUCCGCUGUUUUAAUGAAUGGAGCAAUGUUAAUUUUUGGUGGAAACACUCAUAAUGAUACUUCAUUGAGUAAUGGUGCAAAGUGUUUUUCUGCUGAUUUCCUGGCCUAUGACAUUGCUUGUGAUGAGUGGAAAGUUCUUCCAAAACCAAGCCUUCAUCGGGAUGUGAACAGAUUUGGUCAUUCUGCAAUUGUCAGCAAUGGGUCCAUGUAUAUAUUUGGAGGCUUUUCAAGCAUUUUGUUGAAUGACAUCCUUGUAUACAAACCUCCCAAUUGUGAAGCAUUCAGAGAUGAAGAUCUUUGUAAAAUGGCUGGGCCAGGGUUAAGGUGCUUAUGGAACAAAAAUCACUGCGUGUCAUGGGAACCUAGACAUGAUACUAACAUUCUUAGGGCAAAAUGUCCCAGAAAAAUAGCCGCAGCAGAUGACAGAUGUUAUAAAUAUGCAGACUGUGCCAGUUGCACUGCUAAUACAAAUGGCUGUCAGUGGUGUGAUGAUAAGAAGUGCAUUUCUGCAAACAGUAACUGCAGCAUGUCAGUGAAGAACUACACCAAAUGUCAUGUAAGAAACGAACAGAUAUGUAAUAAAUUGACUAGUUGCAAAAGCUGUUCACUAAACCUCAAUUGCCAGUGGGAUCAGCGACAGCAAGAAUGUCAAGCUUUGCCAGCUCACCUAUGUGGAGAAGGAUGGAAUCAUGUUGGAGAUGCUUGCCUGCGUAUAAACUCUAGUCGUGAAAACUAUGACAAUGCCAGACUUUAUUGUUAUGGCUUAAAUGGGAUUCUUGCUUCACUAACAACCUCCAAAGAAGUAGAGUUUGUUCUGGAUGAAAUACAGAAGUACACUAUCCAGAAAAUAUCUCCCUGGGUGGGUCUACGCAAGAUUAACAUCUCCUACUGGGGAUGGGAUGAUAUGUCUCCCUUUACUAACACAACAUUGCAGUGGCUUCCUGGAGAACCAAAUGAUUCUGGAUUCUGUGCCUAUCUUGAAAGGGCUGAAGUGGCAGGUUUAAAAGCAAAUCCUUGUACAGCCAAGGCUGAUGGCCUUGUUUGUGAGAAACCUGUUGUUAGUCCAAACCAAAAUGCUCGACCCUGCAAAAAACCAUGUUCUUUAAGGACAACAUGUUCCAACUGUACCAGCAGUGGCAUGGAAUGCAUGUGGUGUAGCAGCACAAAACGAUGUGUUGACUCAAAUGCCUACAUCAUCUCCUUUCCAUAUGGCCAGUGUUUAGAGUGGCAGACUACCACCUGUUCUCCUCAAAACUGUUCAGGACUGAGGACUUGCGGUCAGUGUCUGGAACACCCAGGAUGUGGAUGGUGCAAUGAUCCCAGUAAUACAGGCAAAGGCCAUUGUGUGGAAGGUUCAGCAAGGGGGCCAGUGAAGUUCAGUGGGAUACAUUCUACUGAAAUAAUUAUUGACAACAACCUUUGUCCUAAAGAAAAAAAUUAUGAAUGGUCUUUUAUCCAAUGCCCAGCUUGCCAAUGCAAUGGACAUAGCACCUGCAUUAGUGGCAAUGUGUGUGACCAGUGCAAAAAUCUAACUACAGGAAAACAGUGUGAAGCAUGCAUGCCAGGUUAUUAUGGAGAUCCAACAAAUGGAGGACAGUGCACAGCUUGCACAUGCAGUGGUCAUGCAAAUAUUUGUCACAUGCAAACAGGAAAAUGCUUCUGCACAACCAAAGGAAUCAAAGGAGACCAGUGUCAACUUUGUGACUCUGAAAACAGAUACCUUGGUAAUCCACUCAGGGGAACAUGUUACUAUAGUUUACUGAUUGACUACCAGUUUACCUUCAGUCUAUUACAAGAAGACGAUCGCCAUCACACUGCCAUAAACUUCAUUGCAAACCCUGAACAGUCAAACAAAAAUUUGGACAUAUCAAUCAAUGCAUCAAAUAACUUUAACCUGAAUAUCACAUGGUCUAUUGGCUCUACAGCUGGAACAAUAUCUGGAGAAGAGAUUCCUGUAGUCUCGAAGACUAAUAUCAAGGAAUAUAAGGACAGUUUUUCCUGUGAAAAAUUCAAUUUCAGGAGCAACCCAAACAUCACUUUCUAUGUAUAUGUCAGCAACUUUUCAUGGCCAAUCAAAAUACAGAUUGCCUUUUCACAGCACAACACCAUCAUGGACCUGGUGCAGUUUUUUGUUACUUUCUUCAGGUAG